GGGAAACCUACAAUGCACUUACUAAUUGGUUGACAGAUGCAAGAAUGUUAGCAAGUCAAAAUAUUGUGAUAAUACUGUGUGGAAACAAAAAGGAUCUUGAUGCAGAUCGUGAAGUUACAUUUUUAGAAGCAUCCCGGUUUGCACAAGAAAAUGAGCUGAUGUUCUUGGAAACGAGUGCACUAACGGGGGAAAACGUUGAAGAGGCCUUUGUACAGUGUGCAAGAAAAAUACUCAAUAAAAUUGAAUCAGGAGAACUGGAUCCAGAAAGAAUGGGCUCAGGUAUUCAGUAUGGAGAUGCUGCCUUGAGACAGCUGAGAUCACCACGUAGAGCACAAGCACAAAGUGCUCAAGAAUGUGGGUGUUAAAGAAACAAAACACAAAAUCCCAAAUACUUUCUUUAGAUGCAGAAGCUGUCCUUGUAAAUGGUGUUUGAAGAAACAGAAAAGCUUGAAGGCUAUGCAGUUUUCAAACACAUCUCUCCACUAUCUACAAACAGAGCAGACCACUGCUGACAGAAAGGUGUACCGUGUGGUGUGCGGCAGGAAUGUUUGCGUGACACAAGUCUGCAAAGUGCACUUGAUAAGUCGGUGGACAAUAGUAAGACUCAUGCCUGUAUGUAAACACUUUCCACUACCUAUUUUUGUUCUUUCACCUCUAGUUUAAAGCAUUGGUAGAUACUGUAAAUAAUGUAACAGUACAUUUACAAAGCAUGGUAUACUUAUAUAUGCUGAUAGACUGUUGCACUACAAGCAGUUUAAUAUUUUAUUUUUUUAUCAUAUUAACAAAUUUAACUGAGGUGGGCUUUGUCAUGUUCAUUUGUUGCA